AUGCUGUCUGGGCUCCCAACAGCAACAGAGACCACUACAGGGCUCCCAACAGCAACAGAGUCCACCACAGGGUUCCCAACAGCAACAGAGUCCACCACAAGGCUCCCAACAGCAACAGAGUCCACCACAGGGCUCCCAACAGCAACAGAGACCACUACAGGGCUCCAAACAGCAACAGAGUCCACCACAGGGUUCCCAACAGCAACAGAGUCCACCACAGGGCUCCCAACAGCAACAGAGUCCACCACAAAGCUCCCAACAGCAACAGAGUCCACCACAGGGCUUGCAGAAACAUCAAAUUUGGACUACAUCAAAAGACUGAUGUCGACCAUAAAUGAUGAUGAGGAGACACUUUUGGAAAAGACUUGGGGUUUUCUAGGUUGGUUAAUAGCCACCAUCUUUACGGUUGUAUUGCUACUAAUUAAAAGAUGGAUUACUAAGAAAUGCAACCAGCUCACCCAAGACAACACCAUUCCAACCGACUCCUACGCAAUUGAUGUUGAUGAUGAUGCUGACACUACCCCGCAAAGCUUUAACAAUGAGGAUGAUGAUGACGCUACCCCGCAAAGCUUUAACAAUGAGGAUGAUGGUGAUUCUCACAGCAGUAAUCCUCCUUCUCCCAUCAACGAGAGUCAAAUUCCCCUCCUCCAAUAUAGCCAUACACCCCCAUCUACCUCUUCCAACAACGAUGAUGAUGAUGAUGAAGAUGAUGAUCAAGAUCUUGGAAUAUCAUCCCGAACUCGCGGGAAAACAAACAAAAACUGA